AUGGGCUCCGGUAAAACGAUACUUCUGGUUCUUAGGGUCCUGGCCCCUUUGAUCGCACUAGGAUUAACUGGACUGGGUGUCUGGUCCAGGCUCAUUAUUGUAGAUGCCCGACAGCGUCAGAGCACCAUCUUCGCGGCUAUUCAGUCGCAGCCCGAAGCCAUGGCACUCUGGAGAGACUUUUUCAAGGCGAUUCUCGGUGGGAAUGUCAAGAUCCUAGCCGCUAUUGGCUCGACUGCCUCUGCUUCUUUCCUGGGUAUUAUCCUGGUCAUGGCCACGAUUCUGCUUCGUAUGCGUGUGCCCUCUGCGGUUCUCAUUCCCCUGGAAUUCCUGUGCAUGUGCGGUAUGGGAGCGGCAUUCGGUCUCUCGCUCUGGUUUGCUGUGAGGUUGAACUCGUUCACCAAGGUAGCUCUUAACACGGGUGACUCUCCGGAACUCGGGCGGUUCGUCAUGCUGGUGAAAUACAGCCUGGGCUACGUUAUCGCGGCUGCUACCGCGUCGUUGAUGUAUCUGAUCACCUUCAUCAUGGGAAUCGUCAAGGCGCGCAGCCAUGCUCAAGACAGCAACCGAAGCUGCUCUUUCGAACCCACGGCAUCUGGACUGGGCAUGAACCAUGGAUACUCGGACGACUACCAUGGCGCAAGCGUGUAUGACCCGGAAGUAGGUUUGACUCUGGACAAGGCGGACGCGGCAGCAUGGACCCGUGCGCAGGAGAGAGAGUCGGUGGGCAAGGACGUGGGAGUACAACGGGUUGACUCGAUUGAGAGCCAAAAGGCCAGAAUGUCUUUCGGAUCCGACUAUGGCAGCACUGUGUCGUUGAAUCUGCAGAAGCCCGAACCAGCACAGGUAGCCCGACCCGUGAGGCCGUGGAGCGUAGCCCACAGCUCAGUCAAGGGAGACGAAGUCGCACACGCAAUGUAAAAAUCGCGAACACUUC